CAUUUGCAAACCGACCAGAUGCUGGAAACGAAAUCGUCCUGCUCUCCUCUUCUUCAAAGGGCAAGAAAACAUGGCAGAGUCAGAUCUUUGCAAGGUAAGUGAGUCUGGUACGGCAGGAUGGAUGUGGGAAGCAGUUGUGGGGGGCGGGAAAUAGAGUGAAUGUUGCUGUCAUUCAUAAGGGCGAACAACUGGCGUGGUAAUGCAACAUUUGAAAUUUUGGGACUUUGUUGUAAACACUGGGGAGGCUAAUCGUGUAACUUCAGUCACUAAGUGAACUGUCGUAACUCGAUUACCUUUAUUUCACUGCUGGUCUGAAUUAUUCGCCACAUAUGCAUUCUGAUCCACAGUCAAAGAGCGAAUAGAUUUUUUACCAAUAUAUUACCUGUGAAGCUGGAAACUAACAAGGUCAUGUAUAUUUGUUUGGCAAUAUUGGUGUCCUGCUCAGCUCAGCUCCUAGUGAUUUGCAAAAUAAAAACCAAAUAAAUAACCUCAAUGCACAUAGAGGAAUAAAAGACAAAACCACAUAGAUCUCCAAUCCCCCCCGCCUUGUAAAAAAAAUCUGGGCUUCACUGCUCAGUGAAAGCCAACAGAGGAAAUGCCAGGCAACCUUCAGCACUGCAGGAAAAUGCAAAUGCCAGUCAAACGUUUAUGAGCAGAAAUCUGGCUGACCUCAGGAUUUCCAGAAAGGGCAUUUUAGGUGGGGGAGGGGAAGACUUAAUUGGGCACUUUUUUGGUCUUGUAAGUAGCUGAACUCCAGAACCUUUGCAUUGCUGUUCACAAGCAGAAGAGCCGAAGUUUAUGGCCUGAAUCCUAGAUGGUUACAAAGAGACCUUUUGUCUCUUGUGCUGGCCUUUGUAUCCUGCGCUAUAACACUCUCUAAACUUUGCAAUAGCUUUUGCAGAGCAGAAAUAUGGCAGAACCAUUAUGAGCAAUUAAGAAUAAGCCAGUGAGACAAGUUGCUCUCCUCUAACCCACCCACCCCCAUCAUUUGUUCAACAGCACACAAUUUUGGGGUUGUGUUCUGCUGGUCUCAUAUAAUCUUACAUAAUUUAGCAUGACGGACGUUGGAAAGGGACUCUUCAAUUGCUAAGCAUUUUUAAUCAAAACCAUUUGGAGGAAAAUGGGACCCAGAAAUGUGAAUCGUAACAAAGGCACACAAGGCAGAGGGGUUUAUAUCUGGUUCUUCUAUUUAUUUUGGAGAAAUUUGGGUAGCAGUGCCCAGCGCUUUGGCCCACACAGGUAUUUUGGCUUCUGUCAGAUCUGGAAAACUGACUUUUUUUUUUUAACAGACUGCUGGAAGUUAACAAAGAGAAUGAAAGGGAACUUCUUCAUUAAAGGUGGACAGAGAACAAAACCUUUGAGAUUUCUAUCAGAGACAUUGGAUUCCUGACUCCCAAACUCUACCAACGUAUAUUUUGCCAUAAUAUUCAAAAAUUGCUGAUGCAAGAAAUCAACUUUCUGCGCUUUGUGAUGUAACACGCUUGAAGAUUCCAGGAAGGUGAACAAUGGUCUAUCUCACUUCAUGAACAAAAUUGGAUAUUUUACCAUUUUUAAAAACAACAGUGUUUCAGUGUAUCAUCGUAUCUACUUUUGAAAAAAUCUCCCCUUUUUCUUUGUCCAUUUUGAUGAAGGUCAAUAUUUUAGGAGGAGCUUUUGACAGUAAAUUAAAGAACAAAAAGGAAAAUAUAAAGUAUAAGAUAAAAUUAAUUUUGAAUUAAAGAAAACAGGAACUCCAAGAGGACUAAAUUCAAUGUUUUUAUCCAUUGAUGAAAUCAAUUUUGAGUAUUUUUAUGAAUAUUUAUUAUUGUACAUUUCCCCAAACCUCCAUGGAUGGAAUUAGUUUCUUGAAUAUUUUAUGACAGAUUAGCACACAAUCCUUGAAUGAAUUGUUUGAAAAUCUAUGAAUGAGUAAAGGUUAUGUUUUAGGCACUAUAAAAUGAACUGUUGUGUACAUCCCAUGAUAUAUUUUCCCAACAACCCAAACCCUGCAAGGAAAACAAAAUGUCCAGAAGACCUCAAAUUCACCUCUUCUUUGGCGCACCCAUUCUUUCCACUGCUCCAAGCAGCCCCAAAGAAGAGAAUGAUUCUUCGGCUAAUGAGAAACCAUGGAGAGAAUUACACCUUUCAUUUACCAAUGAGACUUCUAACCUUUGUAUCACAAACUUGAGCUCUCUUGAACAUGAGACUGCAAAUGAUGCAGUUUUGAUUGUCCAUUCCAAAGAUCACUUCCCAGUAAACUUUGAAAAAAGAGGUGGCUCAGUGAAUGAUGAUUGUGCAACAUCGGUUGCCUUCAGCCAUAAAAAGAAGGUCCUGGGUGAGUCACGUGACGGUGGUUCUGUCUGCAGUGAUAUAAGCAGAGGGAACCAGAAAAAACACCAUGCACCACAAAGCAAAAAGGAUAUCAAAGGAGAUGCUAAUUGUAUCAUAGAUAAUAGUCUUGAGUCUUCUCCCUUGGUUUUUGAGGUGAAGGACUUAAAAAAUUGUGUGGUAGUUAAUCACAACCUGUCUUAUCUUCAGUCGGAACCUCAGGGUGAAAAUCUACUCCUGAGUCAGUAUCUGAAAAGAUGUUCACAAAAAGCAGAUGAAUCGAAACCCAGAAGCGUACUAGAUGUACCUUCAAAUCUUGACCUAUCCACAGACAAUGAAUUCCUUAGUAUUCUGACUUUAAGUCAAGUAGCUCUCUGUUCAGGACAAUAUGCCGUAGGACAGAAUGAAAUGCAAAAUAAACCUACAGCAGGGGAAGGAGUAGAAUUGGCCCUACCUUGUAGGGAAGACAUAGAAGAUGGAGAACCUCUACGUAAAUCAAAUGAAGAUGGUGAUACGGCGGCAAAGAAAGUUGACACAAACUGUGAAGCCGACUCUGAUUGUUCCAUUCAACUCUUUGAUUCAGAUAACUCAAGCCAAGAUAACUCAGAUUUCAAAAAAUGUAGUCCUCUGUCUUCACCUGUUAACAACGAAGGACAGGACCUUAAACCCCAACAGAAAAGACAGUUAUGUCCUCCAGAAGACCACCAUGCUGAAAGAUCUCAAGAAACUGAUGAUAAUGUGAUGACUUCUCGCUUUACUUCUGGAGAUCAGCAGCUAUCCAAAAGAAUCAAAUUAACAUCGUCUCCUCUUUGCCCAGUUAAAAAAACGAGGAUCCCGGGAAUUGAAAAAGCUCAGAAGCAGCUGUCAUUGCUCAAGGAUUGUGUUGAGAAGAGCCGGAAGUUCUCUGUCUUGGUUGUAGUGCUACAUCCUUGUCAUAUCAAAGAAAUCAAGACGGGAAGUACCGCAUCCUGCAAAGUCCCCUUAGCCACAGUUGUUGUUGCUGAUCAGUCAGAAGUGAGACAGAAGGUUGUGUUGUGGAGAGCAGCAGCAUUUUUAUCACUUACCGUCUUUCCUGGAGACAUCGUACUCUUCACAGAUGUUGUUGUUUGCGAGAACCGUUGGGUUGGAGAAAUGAUGCUGCAAUCAACUUUUACAACCAAACUGGUCAAUCUUGGAAGCUGUUCAGCUAUUAAUCCUAAAGAGGCCUCCCAUAUAGUAGACUGUCGUCGUCUCCAGGAUUUGCUGACCUACGUUUGUACAAAACACAGCCCUCUUCACGCUCUCCCUCCAAGGCCAAGGCAGAGCCUGGACCACGUUCCGCGUGUCCUUCUAAGUUGGCUCAAACCAGAUACUUUGGUGCAUGCGGUGUUGAGAGUGAUCAACAUUGCAGUGUUGAGAGAAUCCGUGUAUAGUUUUAAAGGAGAAAAGCAAAGUAAAAUCGUCUUAACAGUGGAACAAAUCAAGGGCCAACCUUAUGCCUUGGUCGUUUGGGGUGAUGCAGCCACUCAGUGUCUUCAGCUUCAGAGGAAAAAAGAUCAUAUUUGGGAAUUUAGGUAUCUCUUGGUAAAACACCACCCCGUCUCUGGGGACUUGGAGCUGCACACGACCCCUUGGUCAGUCAUAGAGUGCCUUUUCGACGACGAUGAAAGAGCUCUGGCCUUCAAAGAGAAGUUUGAAAUGAAGGCGUCGAUGAAGAUGACUACUCUGGCUUCCCAUCUAGAAGAAAAAAGUUCGGUUCCCCCCCCCUCCCUUUCUUCAUUUAGACCUGCUGUGAUGACUGUUGAGGAGGGGGACUAUGAGAUCUCUGUUCGGGUGGGACCUGAAUUGAUGGAGAAGAUAUUCCUUAACAUUCCUGCAGCAUGGCUGAAGAAGGUUGUAGAACGUCCUUCAGACACCACCUACGGGAUGCUGGUGGCCGAUCUCUGCCAUUCUCUGCUCACCGACUCCAAGGCAUCCUACCUUCUCACUAUCAAGAGCCAUUUUGUCCUGGAUGAAAACAGUUUUCCUCUGGAGAAGGACUUCCAGCUGUUGGAGUUCCACCUUGAUCUCUGAAGCAGCCACUUCUAAUGAGGUUCCUCACCAGGGGUAGGCUGCUGGGGGUUCGCAUGGGUUCGGACGAUCCCCUAGCUAGGAUUCUGCCCAGUUUGGUGAACCCCCA